AUGGCCGAUGAUGGUUUUCCUUCCGGAAAAUCAAGUUUGCAGUGUUGCUUCCCGAGUACGACUCGACAGCACGUGCUGUCCACGAAACCGAAGCAACUCAAGCCUGAAACAAUGAAACUUUCACGAAGGCUGUCUCAUUUCUUUCGCAAAUACUGGCUCAGUGGCCAACUACACGUACCGCUAUCUUCUGAAUCACUGGGUGACUUCCAUACCCAAAGCCAAGAUCAAUGGCCGGACCGACUGCUUAUGAACCAAAAGUUCCCUGACUGA